AUCAAUCGCCUGUAAGGCUUCCCACCGUGUCACUUGCAGGGGAAAUGUAGGAUGGUGCCAAGCCCGGAGGAGGACGCCUAUGCAGAUACCACAUAUUAUGAUUAUAUAGGCGAUUUCACCCACGCAAAAGUUAUGCACAACCAGGUUUUGGCUGGUUUGGCGAAGGCCGAAGGGCUCAUGCAACCGAUUGCGCCUCGCCCGGGGCUCUCAAGUCGGUGCGCACAUUCCUGGCUCCCUCUUUCCUCUAGAAGUGCCGAGCAAAGAUGUCGAAGCGCACGAAGAAGGUCGGCAUCGUCGGCAAGUACGGUACUCGCUAUGGUGCGAGUCUCCGUAAGGUGAUCAAGAAGAUGGAGGUCAGCCAGCACUCCAAGUACUUCUGCCACUUCUGCGGCAAGUUCGCCAUGAAGCGCCAGGCGGUGGGCAUCUGGGGCUGCAAGGCGUGCAACAAGGUGCAGGCCGGCGGUGCUUACACCCUGAACACCGCCUCGUCGGUGACCGUCCGCUCCACGAUCCGCCGUCUUCGUGAGCAGGUGGAGGCAUAAAUGCCUCUCAACCUGUGCUGUGUAACGUGUUGCGGGUUUU